GUGUAGGUUUGGUAACUCUUUUCUCAUGUUCUCCUUCUUUAAUUUUCAGUGAAACGCAAAACAAAGAAUGCCAAUAUCAAGUGUGAUUGAAAAAUUUGCAAUAAAGAGAACUUCCAAAUCAAGGAAGGACAUUGAAAUACUGCUUUUAACUAAAAGUAACUACAGACAGGACUCAGGAGGGAAAAUCACUCAUCCGGAACAAUUCUCCAUAUUUUGAAUCAACCUUACUUAUAUAAAUCUACAUUUUUCUGUAUAGUAUGCAUGAUGAGACAUUCACAUGUUCCUUUGAGCUUCACUUUAAUUUCUUCACACUAAACAGAGAGAGAGAGAGUUUUACCAUAAAGAGUCUUCCCAUGAUAAAUGUAAUGAAACAUUCACACUUUCCUUUGAACUUCUUUUUCUUCAUACAAAACAGGGAGGGUUUUCCCAUCAGGAGUCUGUCCAUGAUGAAUAUAGUGAGUAUAAUAGUCAUUGAUGAAACAUUUAUACUUUCCUUUGAGCUUCUUUUUCUUCAUAUAAAACAGAGAGACUUUUCUCAUCAUCUGUACAUGAUGAAUAUAAUUUACUAUAAAAGGGCGAAGAAAACUGAAUGUACAGAAGUUAGAGGAAACCAGUACUGUCAGAUAUAUGUGAAACUCAAAGCAAAGAAUACCAGCAUCAAGUGUGAUGGAAAACUUUGCAAUAAAGAAAAUUUCGAUGUUCAGAUCCAUGAACAUCCUACUGAUGAUGGAGAAGGUUCGGCUACAUUAUACCAAAACCUUAAAGAAAUAAUCAUUCAUAAAACAGGAUCGCGUCCAGUUGAUGCACAGCAUGUGUAUGACUUGGACAAACACAUCGAUGAAUUCCCUCAUCCACCACCAUGGGACAUAAAUCAUGACAGCACUGGAACACUAUUAUGGACAGAACCUGAACUCUCCACAUUCAUACAUGGUCUGGCAGGAUGGGAUGAUAUCCAUGAAGAAGAUGUUUCGCAUUACAUGAACGUUUUUAAGCAUUAUCCUCAGACUGAUGUUAGACUCAUGUACAAACAUAUUAUUAAGGAAAUAGGACGUCGUCCUACAGUACAAGAACUCGGCUGUUUGUUACCAGUUCUUGAAGGUAAUGAAGUUUGUGACUCCUCCCGUAAAACUCCAGGUCAACUUCUUCUUGCAAUGGAGGAAUGCAAAAGCAAGUUACAACAGCAAAAGUCUAUAAACAAUGUCUUGAAGAGAGAACUUCAGCUGAUGCAGAGCCGUAACAAUGUCUUACAGAGCAACCUGUCGUCAGUGCACAAUGGCAUGAAGGCCUUGGAAGCAAAGAACAGAAAACUAAUGAUGGGAUUGUUUGUUAUGGUUGGAUUUGUGUGUUUAAUGGUAUUUGGUCUCAUACUGGCCUUGUAAAAGAAAUUCACUUGGAAUUUUAACCAGGUUUUCUUCAUAAGAAAUCCUCAUUCCUUAUAUUUAUUUUAAUUUUUUUAUCUAUAUUAUACCUUAUUUUUAGAAACAGUAAGGAUGUUUAACGUUCUGAAUUAGUGACUAUUCUAAACAAGAAAAACUCAAUGUUCUAUUUUCUACAUAUUGUGCAUAAUGUAUAUUUUAUUAAAAUAUAUAUUCAUUAAGUUGUUCAAUAAAUCUUCGCACAUUUACUUGCACAUUCCAUAAAACUGGCCAUACUAAUAAAAACAUUAAUCAUGUAUGUAUUCAUAUUUUUGUAACAUAUAGAAAAUAUUAAUAAAUGUAUUGAAUAUCAUAACUAAAAAUGAAAUAAAUAUUUUCUUAAUUACACCAGUGUACAUAUUUAGUGAGCAAUUAAUAUAAAGAAAGAUGAUCAGUAAAAUUAAAGACAAAUUAAUUAAUAUUCU